GCCGGGUAAAACGCUUUCGUUGUCUUAUUUCUCUUUCACUCGAGAAUGGCAGCUGAUGCCUGCGGUUCCCACCGUGCGGCAGGCAAUAGCUCGAGCACCAAACCACAUAAAGAGCACCUGCGGAAAAGUAAGGAUUCGCGCCGGAGACAGGCAGCUCUUCUCUUUCUCAACAAUAUCUCCCUUGACGGACGGCCAACGUAUAACCUGAGCAAUGGCAACGCCGUCCAAAGAGGGACCACAUUUAACGGUCUGGACGCUGGGGCGCCGGUGGUCGGACAGCCACUGUUGUCGACGAGCAGUUACGGAACCUUCCCCAGUCUGUCAACGUCCGCGUCUGGGGGCGUCGUUACUCCUGCGCCGAGGACCGGGGUCGGCAGUGGUCCUCCUGUCCUAGUCCUCCCCACUGGUUCUGGCUUUACUGCUAGCGGGGUCAGCGAGCGGUUCCUGGAGGGGGUAAAGGCUGACCCGCUGGCGUCCCAAGCUAGUCUACUCUCCCCGGCUGCAGCGCCCCAGCUUGUCCCGCUGCUAUCAACCUGUAAAUCCCCGACCCUGCUCUCGGUACAGAGCUGUAAUUCUGUGAAUCUGGAGUCCCGACAAAGGUUGCGCAAUCAGUCCGGCUCUUCUGUGCCAAAAGGGGGUAAUAAGGUCCAUUUCAUCAAAAACAUGAGGCAGUACGACACGCGGGGCAGCAGGAUUGUGCUGAUCUGUGCCAAGAGGUCCCUGUGUGCUGCUUUCUCUAUCCUGCCCUAUGGGGAGAGCUUUUACCUCAGUGACCCUAAACUGGAUACCCAGAAGCAGAGACACUCUUCUGGGGGUGCCACAGCCACCCUGGACAUGAUCCCUGCCUUGGAGGGGGUGGAGCUGGGAGCGUAUGGCAAGACGGUCUCAUAUGCUAGGUUCCUAUUCCCCACCAAUGCCCUGGUGAAGCAGAAGAGCGUUCCGGUGGAAAUGAGCAUGGGAGCGACCCCUCUAACCCGCAGCAACAUCCAGAGGAACUACACUGCCUCCCGUCUCAGCAGCACCGCGGGACCUGAUGCAGGUGUGGAGGACCUGACGGACUACGACCCAAACCUGCUGAGUGACCCUCAGUGGCCCUGUGGGAAACACAAGCGAGUGCUGAUCUUCGCCUCCUACAUGACCACUGUGAUCGAGUACGUCAAGCCAUCUGAUCUGAAGAAAGACAUGAACGAGACCUUCAGGGAGAAGUUUCCCCACAUCAAGCUGACUCUGAGCAAAAUCAGGAGUCUGAAGCGGGAGAUGCGGGCGGCGAGUGAGGACUGUGGUCUGCAGCCGGUCACCGUGGCGAUGGCCUACGUGUACUUUGAGAAGCUGGUGCUACAGGGACGGCUCAACAAGCAGAACCGCAAGCUGGUCGCGGCGGCCUGUGUAGUGCUGGCUGCCAAGAUCAGCAGCGACCUCCGCAGGCAGGAGGUGAAACAGCUCAUUGAUAAACUGGAGGAGCGUUUCAGGAUCAGCCGGCGGGAGCUGCUCCCACUUGAGUUCACUGUGCUGGUUGCCCUGGAGAUGGCGCUCUACCUGCCGGAGAGCAAGGUCAUGCCACACUACCGCCGUCUGGCACAACAGCCCUGAACCACGCCCAUCAGAACUCCCCUGAAACCCUGGAACAUGCUUGCAUACACAACCACUCGAGCGAAAUGAUGAUGAUAUUAUCAUUUCUAAGAUGCUUUGUGAUGGCAAAGCAGGUUACCAGGACUACCCUAAGGGGUGGAGCCAUCUUGCAUCAGCAGUUUGCUCUACUUUUGGUUAUUUGAUUCAAUGAUUGACAACGCUUGGAUCCACCCCAUCGUGGGAGUUGGUGAAGCCUGCAGUGCACAGAGGAGAGCUGAAGAGCUUUCAGGAAGCAGUUUAUCAGCACCACGCCAGCACAGUGCCCCAGUGUGAUCCAGUGCGCCCCAUCCUUUGGCCUGUCCGUCUUCCAGACUCCACCUACUCACAAU